AAGUGGCGAGUGUCUGCAGUGAAAAGCCGUGGGUGUUCAAGGGAAAUGACCAGAGUGUGAAUCGGAUCGACGUGCCGCUGAACGCGUGUAGAGUAGUAGUUGUGUUUGCCGAUUAUCAGACAUGGUGAAACAAAGGCUAACCGAAGCCAUGGUGACCUGGGGACUCCUUCAACUGAUGCUGGUGCUGGCUCUCUGGACUGCUCCAUCACAGACCAAAAAGGUGAGCCCAAGGUUUAAGGACUACAGUAUUUGCUCAAUGAGGAAGCUGACAGAUCUGACUAAGACUCUGAGAGAGGAUCGAGACUUCUGGUUCCACCUGCUCACCCCCAUGCUUACAGUGAGAGUGUCCGGGAGUCCAGAGAACAGACGGGUGCAAGAGCACAUCACAAGCGUGCUAUCUAACCCUGACCUUCAGACAAGAUGGGUGAUUGAGAAGGACACAUUCACAGACCAAACCCCUGAAGGGCCUAAAGAAUUCACCAACAUUGUUGCUUCCCAGAACCCCCAAUCCCCAAAAGUCUUAGUUCUGGCUUGCCACUUUGACUCCAAAUUCUUCCGAAACAUGGAGUUUAUUGGUGCCACAGAUUCUGCUGUCCCUUGUGCCAUGCUGCUUGACAUUGCUGUGAGACUAGAUGGGCUUUUGCAGAAGAAAAAGAAUGCAGACGUCAGCCUUCAGUUGGUGUUUUUUGAUGGUGAGGAAGCAUUUAGAGACUGGACUGCCACCGACUCUCUGUAUGGCUCGAGACAUUUAGCCCAGCAGUGGAAGACUAGAGAUGCCAAUGGCAGUAGCCGACUAGAUAGUAUUGAAGCUCUCAUUUUGCUAGACCUUAUUGGAGCUGAUAAAAUGAAGUUUUGGGACUUCUUUCCUGAUAGCACAUCCAAAUUAUUUCAAAAGUUUAAAAAGAUAGAGAAGCUAAUGAGAGAUGAGAGCCUUGUGGAUGCCAGCAUUCCCAUCAUGUUCUCUAACCAGAGACCCUUAAGCUCCAUACAAGACGACCAUGUCCCAUUCAUGGCUGAGGGUGUUCCAAUUUUACAUCUUAUCUCGUACCCUUUCCCUGAUGAGUGGCACCAAAAAACGGACAAUGCUUCACACCUCAACGACAAAAAGAUUUUCUACUUCCUGCACAUUUUCCGAGUGUUUGUCUCCAGCUACCUCAAACUGCCUAUCAUGUGUAGAUGAAAACUCAUAUGGUUGAAUCAAUGGACAGCUGGAUAAAUCUCGGAGACCCUUGAAUAUCUAAUUUUAAAUCUGUCAAAGGCUAGAUGUUAAUUUUGAUUUUUAAAUAUUAUUCAUGUAAUUCUAUCAUUUGAUGAUAAGAAUUUGGGAACAUUUUACUAUUGUAUUCACAUUCCAUGAAAACAAAUAUUCCAAAAAAAAAGCACCAAACUUGGAUAUUACUCGCUUGUCGUCACUCCAUGUGAACUAUCUUGUUUGUGAGUUGAUUUAUUGCUCUGCGAGAGGAUGCAUUUUUUUUUUUAUACCAAAGUAAAGUGUUAGACAACUACCAAAAAUUUUAAGGAAAUCGCUAAUUGAAUUAGCUAUUAAUGGAGGCUGAACAUUCCAUUAAUAUGUAAUAAAAUUCAGUAUCAAUGCCUUAACUCCAGGAUGUUACAAAGGUAUGUGUCUUGUGUUAGUUACAUUUAACUGCAUAAACUGAAUUUAGCCCAAAUGUCUAAUACAUUUGAAUUGAAAAUUAAUACAUGUAAAAAUUGCUCUGAUAGAACGGUUUGAGUAGCUCUUGAGCUUUGCUUCUUGUGUAAAGAGCAAUCAGUAUAGAUACGUUGACCAGGCAAUAACCUUGGCACAUGCAUGCUGUACCUCUAUACGGUGCCUGUACAUUUAACAUAACAAAUGUAUGGAUCACAACUUCUAGUUAUUUAGUUUCUAAAUACGUUUCUGUAUAGGUACUAAUACCAGUAUCAAACAUAAUGCUUGACAACGUUGUUUUACCAGGCAAUAUGAUGCUUGACAAGAGUGUUAGUACCUAUAUUGAAACGUUGCUCACUAAAUAAAUUGAAGGUGUGAUCCAAAUAUUUUUAUGUUAUCCAACUCAACUUCUAAAUGCCAUUGAAAGAAGUCUGUACAUUUAAGCCUGGAAGAAUUCAUUCCCACAUCAGCUCAACAAGUGCUAAAUAUUUAACUCAUGUGAUAUUACAGCUCACAGACACACUUUGUUUUCUAGGAUACAAUGAAGAAAAAGUCAGAUACACAACAAAAAGACGCCCAACAGAUGUAAAUUGGUGUAGGGAAAGGUUUUUAGCAGUGAACAAGAUUUUAGGUGAACAUACACAUGCCUUUCAAAUAGCUUAAUAUUUACUGCAUUUAAGCUGGUUUGGAGGCUAUGAAAUAUAUGCUGUUGAUAAAAUAUUUACUAAUGGCGUUGCCAGUAGGUAUAAACGAAUGUGAUAAAUGUACUGCAGCUGGUUGAGGUUUGUCCAUACAUAUGAAUUGAUGAUGUACAUAUGGGUUUGGGUCCAUAAUAGCAUAAUAUUCUCCACAUUAGAUAAGGAAAUUAUUUAUCAAAGGUAAAGAUGAACAUAUGUUUGUUUGCUUUUUGGGGGUUGUGGGGGGUGGGGGGUGGAGAGGGGAUCUUUUUUUUUUUUGGUCUUUUGUCAGAUGAUAUCCCAGUGAACGCUGUGUCACAUUUUCGCCAGAUAAUUUAUAAUAUCUUACCUGAUGUCACAAGUUUGUCAGAUAGGUUAACAUGUCGCAUUGAGUGUUGUGACACCAGUCACGUGUCCGUCACAUAGUUUAACAUAUCCAAGUGAACUUUGUCACUCUUUUGUCAAAUAGUUCGUCGUAUCCUAAUGUGCUCUGUGACACACUCAUAUGUGUCACGUCACCUUACAUGUCUUACUGAAGAAAGUGACAGGCAAAGGUUGAACUUGAAUAGAAUUUGGUGAUGAUCUGAAAAAUAUUUCACCUCUUUGCUGUGUCUUCUGGAGAAGAUAUGGGUUUUCCCUUGGUGAAGCUAGAAGUAGAUGUACACUGUAAUUACAGAUAUGAUAAGUAUUAAUGCCUCUAUAUUAUAUUAAAAGUGCCAUUGCAUAGGAUGAAGUGCAUAUUUACAAGUGAACAUGGACAUCAAAGAAUUUCUGGAAAUGCAUGUUUUGACUGCCCUGAGCAAAAAAAAAAAAAUUAUAAUUUGACCAAGUACACGGUCAAUAUAUACAAUAUAUAUUGUACUUUAUACUCUACUUGUACAUUAUUUUGGGCUUGAUUUCACAAGCCUGUAUAGAUGAAUGGAUUAUGAGAACGGACAUGUAUGUCAUUAUGGUUGUUGUAAUCAGCUUUGUGUUGAUAGAUUUACAGAACUGGGCUGAGGUAUUUCAAAUGUUGAUUAUGUAUUGUAAACAGUCGGACUGUAUGCACUUAACCAGAGAUUGAAGUGUUGGCUAUUAUGUCAUGUAUUGUUUAAGAAUUUAAAGUAUAAUGGCUGCCUUAAUUUUGAUUAGCAUAUCAGUAAUUUAUAAAGCAGAGUUUUAAAACUAUGUUAAGUUAUGUUUUUCCUAAUUAGAGUAGGUGCGUUCCAUUCGUCGAUCUGACUGCCACUGGUGUUAGAUUUAGUGGCCACGAGAGGACACAGUGUGACGUCCCAGCGUUCCGGAAGUCCCGGAAAUUGUGUCAAGUUGCGUGAGUUAAGACGCUACAGUACACGCCACUGACUCCACCGACCCUGCUGAGCGCAUGAAACGUAGAAUACCGAAUAUGAAAAAAAAUGUCAUUUUCAAGUAUCAUUAAGUUACAAAGAAAAGUUGUAAGAUUGUAUUUUCUCUGUCAGAUUAGAAUUCUAGAAUUCUGAAACUUGUAUCAGCAUCAGGGUUCUUUGUUUGUAAAGCUCACAUAGCCUUAGGUACUCAUGACUAUCUUGGCAAAGCAAUUCCUAUAGCACUGGUUGUUAUGGUUGUUGCGUGGCCAAGGAAUUGCGAGCACUUCACAGAACUUAGCAUUGAUGGCUGUAGGAUUUGUAGGUCUGUUUGCUUGCUUGUAAACCGUGAUGUGUGGUACAUACAUUGUUAAGAGAACACUGGCAUGCAUUGGGGACAAAAUGAUGACAAAUGUAUUGUUUUUACGCAAAAGGUUUCUUGAUUUUACAUCAAAGGUUUCUUGGUUUUACGCCAAAGGUUUCUUGGUGUAAAAUUUGAAUCGCUGACAUGGAGGCACUUGGUAAGGCAGAUUAGGUGUUAAAUACAAGAUGAAAUCUGCGGAAGACCUUCCACAUUGGUUGAAAUAUAUUGGCGCAGAAGAGACAGUGGUAGUGUCAGAUGCUAAGUUGGUGUUGUAUAUGGGGUAUCAUUACUUCGUCUAGUAUUUUACGAGGGUUUUAUGAAAAAAAUGUGUGAAGUAAAGAUCAUUGAUGCAAACUGGAUUCACAUGCGUGGUGAUUCAAUAUUCAGAUCUUUGGUGUUUUAUUACCUACACAACUGGGCAUUGCACUUUCUGACAUCUGUACUUACAAAUUAAUUUAUGAAUCCUGGUACCUAAGAAGACAGCAGUUUAAACGCCAUUUUGUCAGGGUAAAGCAUAUAUUUGUAUGUAAAUACUUCGGUGACAACUUAAGGCAUAUACGUAUAUUUUUGUAGAGUUCCAGACAAUAUUUUUGUAAUUUACAUCAAAUAUUGCACUUUAAAAAAAAAUCAUUAUGUAUAGUAUAAAUAUAUAUAUAUAGGUAAUGUAGCAAGUCAACACUGUUUAUUUGAAGAAGCUUUAAUCUGUAUAUAUGAAGUUCACUGUACAUUGCUUUUGUCCAAUGAGCAUAUAAAUGAAAAAAAAAGAACUGUUAUGGAUUGGGGAAAAAUUAAAUGUGAAAU